CAUGCCGAUCGCUUCCUUCAACAGAUUGAGUUUCCACUUCUCUGUUAUAGCUUUUGCUAAAAGGAAAAAGAAACAGAAAAGAAAAGAAUGGUUGUAAACUCUAAUAGAGUAGAAGAUGUCCCUUGUCACGACACCGGUCUCAGAAUUGCUAAUGAUCAAGCAGCAACGGUAGUAAUGCCACAAACAACCAUGGAGAUACACAGUGUUUGCUUGCCACCCAAAAAACCCUCCUUCCAAAAACUGAAACAAAGGCUCGCUGAGAUCUUUUUCCCUGACGAUCCUCUCUAUAGAUUCAAGAACCAAACAUGGUCUAAGAAACUGAUUUUGGGUCUUCAAUUCUUGUUUCCCAUCUUUCAGUGGGGUCCUCAGUAUAGUUUAAAGCUCUUCAGGUCUGAUAUCAUUUCUGGUCUCACCAUUGCCAGUCUUGCAAUUCCUCAGGGAAUCAGUUAUGCAAAACUAGCAAAUUUGCCACCUAUUAUUGGGUUAUAUUCAAGCUUUGUACCUCCAUUGAUAUACUCAAUUCUUGGAAGCUCAAGGCACCUUGGUGUUGGUCCAGUAUCUAUUGCAUCAUUGGUGAUGGGUUCUAUGCUUAGUGAGGCAGUUUCUCCAACUGAUGAUCAAAUUCUUUAUCUGAAAUUAGCCUUCACUGCUACCUUCUUUGCUGGUGUUUUUCAGGCUUCUUUAGGUCUACUAAGGUUAGGUUUUAUUAUUGAUUUUCUAUCACGGGCCACUCUUGUUGGGUUUAUGGCUGGUGCAGCCAUCAUUGUUUCACUGCAACAGCUAAAAGGGUUGCUUGGGAUUGUUCACUUCACUAGCAAGAUGCAAUUUGUUCCUGUUAUGGCCUCUGUUUUCACUCACAAAGAUGAGUGGUCCUGGCAAACCAUUGUUAUGGGCGUCUGUUUCCUGCUGUUCCUAUUGACAACAAGGCAUAUUAGCAUGAAGAACCCAAAGCUGUUCUGGGUAUCAGCAGCAGCACCACUAACAUCAGUUAUUGUCUCAACCCUAUUGGUUUUCUGCCUCAAAUCAAAGAUUCAAGGAAUCUCAAUUAUUGGUCAUUUGCCAAAGGGUUUGAAUCCACCUUCAACAAACAUGCUAUAUUUUAAUGGUCCUUUGCUUGCUGUCGCAAUCAAAACUGGCAUAGUAACUGGAAUUCUAUCGCUCACUGAAGGAAUUGCUGUAGGCAGAACAUUUGCUGCUAUAAAGAACUAUCAAGUUGAUGGUAACAAAGAAAUGAUGGCUAUUGGUAUCAUGAACAUGGCCGGUUCUUGUUCUUCAUGCUAUGUUACAACAGGGUCAUUUUCUCGAUCUGCAGUCAACUACAAUGCUGGAGCACAGACAGCAGUUUCGAACAUAGUAAUGGCUUCAGCUGUGCUUGUGACUCUGUUGUUUCUUAUGCCGCUCUUUUACUACACGCCCAAUGUAAUACUGGCAGCCAUCAUCAUAACAGCUGUGAUUGGACUAAUUGAUUAUCGGGGUGCAUAUGAAUUGUGGAAACUUGACAAACUUGAUUUCUUUGCUUGUUUGUGCUCCUUCUUGGGUGUUCUAUUCAUUUCAGUGCCCUUGGGUCUUGCUAUUGCGGUUGGGGUCUCAGUAUUCAAGAUUUUACUGCAUGUCACUAGACCAAACACUGUAAUUAUGGGAAACAUACCAGGAACUCAGAUAUACCAGAGCCUCAACAGAUACAGAGAAGCUCUAAGAGUUCCUUCAAUUCUCAUACUUGCUAUUGAGUCUCCCAUCUACUUUGCAAAUUCGACAUACCUCCAAGAAAGGAUACUUAGAUGGGUUCGUGAGGAAGAAGAGAGGAUAAAAGCAAAUAAUGAAAGCCCACUUAAAUGCAUAAUUCUGGACAUGACAGCUGUGACAGCAAUAGACACAAGUGGUAUUGAUUUUGUAUGCGAACUCAGAAAGAUGCUGGAUAAAAGAACCCUUCAGCUUGUAUUAGUUAAUCCUGUUGGAAGUGUGAUGGAAAAACUACAAGAGUCUAAAAUAUUGGAUUCAUUUGGAUUAAAUGGACUCUACCUUUCAGUUGGAGAAGCUGUUACCGACAUUUCGGCCUUGUGGAAGUCACAGGCAUGACCUCCCAGAAGACUUAAUUAAGUAGGACAAUGGAAAGAAAUGAAAAGUUAACUAACCCUUUUCAGAUCAUGGCAUGAUAGAUAGGAAGAGAGAGCUAGAGCAAGGAGAGGACCUUUCUUUCAUUUUUCUGUUUGCCGGGAAUGCAAGGCAAUGAAAAAUAUUGCUCUUUCUUUAUUAAAAUAGAUGAGAAGUACGCUCUUUUUGACAAGAGAUUUUGAAGUUUAUAUCUUACAAGUAAGUUCACUUGCUUAUUUUAA